AUGCCUAUGCAAAGUGCCUAUGGGCGGAUACAGCUGCAGUUGAGGCUGAAUGCCAUGUUCGCGGUCAAAUGCUGUUCUAGAAAGGUUCGUUUGAGCCCAAGAACUUUUCAAUUACUCGCGACACCCCAGAAUGCAGCUCAACAACGCUCUUUUGCUUUCAGCUUCCCGAGACGCCUCGAUCAGCAGCGGAGUGAGUCGGAAGCUGAGAAGCCUGACGAAGACAAUGCUGGUGUGAAGACCCAGAGAGUUGAAGAUGAUGUUCAAGAGUUCCGCCGCAUUUUAAGAAUUCAUGGAUCAAACCGAGAAACCCUGAGGGCCGCACAAGACAGCCAUUCGUCCUUGAAUACAUGGAAGAAUCUGAUGCGUACAGUCACACAACCAGUCGCCAUUGUAACCGCACGCAGUCAGGAUACUAGUGAUGACCAGGAAGGCACCUUUGCUGCUACUGUGUCCUCUUUCAAUUCUGUGAGCAUUGAACCAGACAUCAGGGUGUCUUUCAAUCUUACCAAACUGUCCACAACCUACCAGACUCUCCGCGAUUCCGGCUAUUGCUCUAUCACAUUUCCUCGCAACACGCAUAGGGGCCGACAAUUGGCUGACAAGCUUGCAAGAGGCAACCAACAAUCACCAUUCAAGGAUCAAAAUCUGCCUGUGCAUCUAAUCCCUCUGAAAUAUACCACUAGGAACCAGGACUUGCAAUCUAAAGAACUCAAGUACAUUCCUGCCGCAGUAGCGCUGUCAGGACUGGAAGACAACCAUGCGUCAGGCUUGGCCUUCGCCUUCAUCGGCGAGUACCAAACCUCUAUCGAAGUCGGUGAUCAUGUCCUCGUGACGGCCCGAGUCUUGCCAGACUCUAUCGUUCAUGGACUACCUCAUGGCUGGGGUAUGAGUGUCGAGUUUGGUUCGUAUUACUCCCACAGCCACCUGACACUCUCGUAUGUGCAUGGUACCUACACUAAUCCGGAGACCGCUCAUGGUUUGGACAAAAUCUGGAAGCUGGACGAUGAUGUCUCUGUAAAAGAUCUUUCAGAGCUGAAGGACAAAACAUGCGUAAAGAGGCCGAGGUGUGAGGCACGCUUAUACGACAUCCUACAAGCGCAAUCGUUGAAGAGGAGACAGACUCCCAGAAGAGACUUUAUCGCGCGGUGGUCAAGAGCACAGAGAAGAGCCGCAGAUCUGCCAUGGUAUCGUCUUAGAGAACUUGAACGUCAUUAUAUGCUAUGGCUAGCAAUAUACGAUGUGCAAGAUGGCAGAACCACAGCCCCUGCAGUGGAAGCAGGUGAAUCGCCACGUAACAAUGACAAGCCUUGGCAGCAACACUUCAUUCGUGUCAAAGCAAACCUCAGCGAUGCAGAUCUUAAAGACGAAGAGGAUCUAUGUACCAGACGACUUGCAAACUUGGCACAACAAUAUGUCAGCUUUGCAAACACAACUACAUCGCCACCAGUGUCCGAGGAACAAGUUCCGAAUGAUGAAGAAGCGGGUCUUAGCGUGGACGACAUCCCACAGCAGCAAACUCAUCGUCUCGGACCGGCCGAACUAAUCGUCUACUACUCAAACCGAUUACACCUUAUACGAGAAGCUAGGAGACACAAGGCUGACCCAGAGCCCAUCGAGCAUGCGAUGAGAGAGGCACACUUCCAAGUUCAAUCGUCAUGGUCUUCGUCGUUUGUGGAAAAGCAAAAAGGGAAGAGCUUGGACGCUCUACGGCAAAUGUACAUUGAAUUUCAGAACAACAUCAGUAGGGCACAAACAUGGCUUUUCAUUGCCGACAACAGAUCCGGCAAUCGCGAUUACAAAGCUAUAGAUGAGGCUCGAUAUCGCAUGGACCAGCUGAUCUAUAGGCGAGAUCUCGUUGGCAAACUUAUGAGAGAGAGAGCUGCGCUGGCACCAGUAGAAGAGAUUAGAAAUGAGCACGUCUUGAAGUGGAACUCCAAAAACUAUCAAACACCACGGAAAGGUUCGGGCUCGGAGCAUGAUAUGGAGAUUCGAGACUCGAAACUGGAAUUGAUUGAGAAGCUCCGACCCACUACCAGUGAUGUUCGUCAAAGUGCUACGCAAGCUCAAGCCACAGGAGCAAAUCUCCUGGUCGACGGCGACAAAUACGACGAAGCAAGUGAGACAGCUCAAGGUACAGACGUGGAAGAGCUGUUCGGAUCCAUAGUGCCUCUUCAACUGUCAGAGACGGAUCUCGAUCCAGACCCAGGUAUUACUCAAAACGACCUUGAUGCGAUCCAGAAUCAAGUGGAUGAACUAAAUGUGAAACACGAGCCAUCCGACAGCGAAAAGAACAAGGUGAUUGUGGCCAGACGAGAUAAAGAUGGUCACGUUGUCCUGCAGCACUUCGAGGGCGAGGAGAUUCCUUCGCCUGACGACUUCAUUGACCUGAGUAAGCAGAAGCCAGAUGACAGAUGGGGUUCGAGAGAAUAA